AUGCCAAACCCCAUGUUGUCCUCUCUUGAGAAUGGUCUUGCCGCUCUUAGGAAUGAUGCUCAGCCGCUCAUUGACAAGCUAAAAGCCAAACUUGCCCCCAGGAUACCAAUCACUGAUGAAGAGGAAGCAUGGCUGGAUCACAACACAAAUUUCACUGAUGAGGCCAUGCUCAUUGCUGAGCUUCAGGAUGCAGGGGACUUUCAGAGCGCAUUUGGAUCGCUUUCAGCCAGCCAGAGGGCAAUUGCUCAGCGCCUGCAAACUGCAAGUGCACCUAAAAAUCAAAAUUUGGAGAGAGUUGCCAAUGCCGCACCGGAGACUGAGUGUAAAUUCAACCCAAACUUGAAGCAUGAGUGUGCAACAUGA